AUGGAUCAACCAGACGCUAAACACGCACACUGCUACAGCAGCUUUGACUACUACAGUUAUUACAGUGAUGAAAACUGUGUGGGAAAUGACGCCGAAUAUUAUGGUGGGAUCGCCUGCUUUGCAAUUGGUGCAGUGUUGAAACUCGUUGCCUGGAUCCUCCUCAUCAUCUUCUGUGUCAGGCGGCGUCGUGUUCAAAGGGCCACCGAAUAUGCUAGUGCCCCUACUAUGCAGGGCUCCAAUCAACAGUAUGCACAGCCUUUCGUUGCACCCCAGCCCACCUACCCUGUUGCCGAACCCAGCGCACAGUACGCCGCUCGUUCUCUGGCCUCUCAGUCACCGGUAUACCCCGACGCACAGCAGACCACGCCAUAUCCUAAUACCCCUCCUCCGAAAGAGGCGACAGAAACAACAAUCAGAUUCUGUGGUCAAUGUGGAGCCUCGAUAACCAGUCCAUUCUGCCCACAUUGCGGUACUCGAAUGAAUGGUUACUGA